CCUCCACUCCACAAACCAGUGUCAUUUCGCUCUCGCGCUAUUUGCCUCUCUUAUCCCCUCCGACCCUACGCAACUUCCGCCAACGCCUAAAAAUAUCUCCAGCAUUCCACAAAUCUCCAUUCCUCUAUCCUUCUCUGAUUUCCCAAUUCCCAAUUAUUAUCCCUUCUCUUUCUUCACAGAUGUUGCCUGCCGUGGACCUCGCUUCUGUACGCGAUAAAUUCAUUGUCCCUCUCGCUGUUUACUCUAGGGUUUCAACCUCUCUCUGCAACUUCUCUAAAUCCUCUGUUCACUUUCGAUCCGUUCGCCAAAGGAAUGUAUGCUACGCUUCGAGCUCCGAGACUUUGGUGGCUAAUUCGCGGAAAGAUGAUGAGAAGCAGAGUAGUAGUGGAGUUGUUGCGAGCAAGAAAGAGAAGGAGGAGUUUGAGGAUUUGAAAUCUUGGAUGCACAAGAAUGGAUUGCCUCCUUGCAAAGUGAUUCUUCAUGAGAGACCUUCGCAUAAUGCUAAGCAUAUGCCCAUUCAUUACAUUGCCGCCAGUGAGGAUCUUCAGGCUGGCGAUGUGGCGUUUUCGGUUCCCAAUUCACUUGUUGUGACGCUUGAGAGAGUUUUAGGAAAUGAGACCAUUGCGGAACUUUUAACCACAAACAAAUUGUCGGAAUUGGCAUGUUUGGCACUCUAUCUUAUGUAUGAGAAGAAACAAGGAAAGAAGUCAUUUUGGUAUCCAUAUAUAAGAGAGCUUGAUCGUCAGCGGGGGAGAGGCCAGCUUGCUGUGGAAUCUCCACUUCUGUGGUCAGAAGAUGAAUUGGCAUACCUGACAGGGAGCCCCACUAAGGCUGAAGUUCUUGAAAGGGCAGAUGGAAUUAAAAGGGAAUAUGAUGAGCUUGAUACUGUAUGGUUCAUGGCUGGCUCUCUGUUUCAGCAAUAUCCAUAUGAUAUACCUACUGAAGCCUUUCCUUUUGAGAUUUUCAAACAAGCUUUUGUUGCAAUUCAGUCUUGUGUGGUGCACUUGCAGAAAGUCAGCUUGGCUCGGAGAUUUGCUUUGGUUCCUCUUGGACCCCCUUUGCUAGCUUACAGGAGCAACUGCAAGGCAAUGUUAAGUGCGGUUGAUGGUGCUGUUGAACUAGUGGUGGAUCGCCCAUACAAGGCUGGUGAACCCAUGGUUGUCUGGUGUGGGCCACAACCUAAUUCAAAACUGCUUAUAAACUAUGGUUUUGUUGAUGAAGAUAAUCGUUAUGACCGUAUUGUGGUAGAGGCAGCACUCAACACUGAGGAUCCUCAAUAUCAAGACAAGAGAAUGGUUGCUCAAAGAAAUGGCAGACUCUCAGUACAAGUUUUUCAAAUAUAUGUAGGAAAGGAGAGAGAAGCUAUCUCAGAUGUGCUUCCUUAUUUGAGAUUGGGCUAUGUAUCGGAUCCUUCUGAGAUGCAAACUGUUAUUUGUUCUCAAGGUCCAAUCUGUCCAGUGAGCCCUUGUAUGGAACAAGCUGUGUUGGAUCAGCUUGUGGAUUAUUUCACGAGACGCCUGGAUGGCUAUCCCACUAGCUUGAGUGAAGAUGAAUUGAUGUUGGCAGAUCAUAACUUGAACCCUAAAAAACGAGUUGCUACUCAGCUGGUUAGAUUGGAAAAGAAAAUUCUAAAUGCUUGCGUGCAGGCGACAAUUGAUCUGAUAAACCAGCUACCUGAUCAUACUGUCUCUCCAUGCCCAGCUCCUUAUGCCCCUAUAUUGAAAUGAAGAAAAGAUAUCAUUUAUUGUCAUGCCUUGUGGAUCUUGCCAGUUGUGGAACUACUUUGCAAUACUUGGGAACGUGGGUUUCACUGCUAAAAUAUAGAUGAGGGUUGUUUUUUUUGUUUGGGUUCUUGGGUACUGCUUAAGGCAGCGUAUAGUUGGCCAGGCCUUUUGUGUUCCAUUCAAGUGAUUGGAAGCUGCGAGUUCCUUGUUGAGUACACGUUCAUCAGACUAGACUAACCUUUGCUUCUUUAUGUCUAUUAUCUUGUAUUCACUUAUUUGUACCAUCAUCCUUCAGGGUUGUGAUUUCAGUCUUUGUAAAGAGUGGGCUAAUAUCUGGAAAAAGAAAAGUGGGAAAAAGAAAGAAGACAGACUAGCAUAGCCUAGCUAUGUGGGUUUUAUGGAUAAAAAUGCUAGCCAAUUUGUGAAUGUAGAAAUGGAUUUCCUAGCUUUGACUGAACAUUGUAACUGUAAUUUGUAUAUCCAGGUAUUAACAUUCUUCUUCUGGCUACAA